CUGGAAUUCAUCAGAUGCCACAAGUCGCGGGAGCUUACGAGGAUUUUACUGGCGGGAAAAAGGCUUUGAAAAGGGAUUAAACGAACGAGAUGUAACUUUUUAAACUUUACCCGGACUCUUUACUGAUAGAUUAACGAAAAUUAAAUGUAGUUUUUGAUCAAUUAAGUCAAAUAAAUACUUUUUUAUCGCCUCAGCAAAACCUUGGGCUUCCUUACUGAUUGUUUUAAACCGCGAAAUGCCUCCAAAAAUGUCUUGGAAGUUCUUUGAGCUGCUUGUCUUGUGCGCAGCAGGUUUUGUGGGGUUUGAAGCCCAGGAAUGUGGCUAUUCACCGUUAAAAGAGGACAGAAUUGUGGGAGGGGUGAACGCCAUGGAUGGGUCUUGGCCCUGGCAGGUGGAUAUCCAGAAGUCUGGCAGUCAUAUCUGUGGAGGCUCCCUCAUCACUGAUACCUGGGUCCUGUCAGCUGCUCAUUGUUUCCCCAAUCCAUCAGACGUGGGCUCUUACAUCAUCUACGUCGGCCGGUACCAGCUGAAUGCUUAUAACCCCCACGAGACAUCACGCACUGUGACCCAGGUAGUGGUUCCGUCGGGUUACGUAGAACCUCACAGUGGAAGAGAUGUGGCUCUGGUGCAGCUGUCCAGCCCAGUGACCUGGUCAAACUAUAUCCGGCCUAUCUGCUUGCCUGCAUCGAGCACAUUGUUCCCAGCUGAUAUGGCGUGCUACGUCACUGGCUGGGGGAACAUCCGAGAAAAUGUUCCUCUGCAAGGAGCUGGGACUCUGCAGGAGGUGCAGGUGCCAAUCAUCUCCCAGAGUUCAUGUCAGCAGAUGUACAGAACAGACCCAACGGAGCAGAUAGACAUCCUUGAUGACAUGAUCUGCGCUGGAUACCAGGAGGGUGGCAAAGACUCCUGCCAGGGUGAUUCAGGAGGACCUCUAGUCUGCCGGAUGCUAAACGGGACCUGGGUCCAGGCUGGGGUGGUGAGUUUUGGACUAGGCUGUGCAAACCAGAACAAGCCGGGCGUGUACGCCAGGCUGACCAGCUACCCAGACUUCAUCCGCAGCAUGAUACCAGAGAUCCCACUGUACGGCCGAGCGCAUCAGAACUGGUGUGGGGGGGUCGGAGUUUUGUUCAGCUGUCUGUCCUCUCUGCUGCUGGUGCUUUACAGAUGAGGGGCUUUGGAAACUGGGUUUCUGCCAAAAGCACUCUGAAUGAAGGAGUUUAAUAGAAAGUGUAAGUCCUCUUUAAUAGUCCAAACAAAAUCAGUUUGCAUCUGAAACGCACAUGAAGCCAUAAGAAACUUUACACAGAAUCUGUAUAUCUACAACUACACUUGAGUUUUUAUUAAAGGCAGAUGUAUUGUUUUUUUUUACUUUAAAUCAGAAUUGUUGUACAAAAUAAAUGUGUCUGAUUGUUGAAUA